GUUCAAAUCGUGUAGAUGUCAAAAGCUUCAUUAACCUUAGUCAAAAGUUGAUUUUAAUUGCACGUGUUUCAAUUUAAAGCAAUAAAAUUAAACAUUUUACCGUGUCGUUUGUAAAUAUUUGGAAGUUUGUUCACGUCCUGUGUACCCAAAAAAGAACUUGAAACAAAAAAUCCAAAAAAAAUUACAAAAUUUAAAACAAAAAACCCACAAAAAAAUGAGUCAGGAUCCCCAAUCGAGACCUUCGCACCAACAAGGUCAACAAAAUCAAGGGCAAAAGCAGCAACAGCGCAAUCGAAAAUCGACUGAAAAGAAGGAAAAGGACCAAUUCACCUUGAAAACAGUCGAUCGUGUGUUAAAAUGGCCCAUGGUUGACAUCGCGUGGCAUGAGUCGAACCACGUGUAUGGAAAAAUUAAAGUAAUUUUCCCAGAUUUCAACGUUGUGUUCACAAAGUCAUUCGAGUUGGCGGAAAAAUCGUACCAAACUGUGGUAAAGAUGUCGUUGCCGCUCCUCAUGACCUUCGAGAUGCCAAUUUCGCUCGUGGACAACGUCUUGGACAAAGGUCUCGAAAAACUGGAGGCGAAAGCUCCGUUCGUGAAAGAUCCCCCGAAAAAUAUCUACAACAACACCAAGGAGAUUGUCAUGGUUGUCGUGCAACCGCCUCUCAAUUGUGCCACAACAAUUUUGCAGUACUCGAAAGACCAAGCCAACAACAUCCUGGCAACGUCGUAUGGGAAUUGGGCUGUCACCAAAAUUGAUAAUUUUUCCGCUGGUGCCGAGAAACUGAUCGAUCGCUUCAUUCAUCUCGAAGGUGAGGGCGAAGACAUGAAAAGUUCUGUCAAAACUCCGGCUACCGAGGACCCCGUGAUGCACGUGGUUGAAACGAUUGGAUCGCUUUUCGGUGUCGUUUCUCGACGUGUUCUUGUUAAAUUUCUAGGUUAGCAAUCAAACACACCGCAAAACCCACAACUUUACCAUUUUUGUGAUUUCAUUUAGCGAUGAAACAAUGGCGGAAAUCUCAUUUCUUUUGAUUUUAGUUCAAUUCUCCUCCGCGUUCCUUUGCUUUGCGAAAUAAUUUUAAUUUAUUUCAUUUAAAACAUUAAAAUACUUGCUGGAAAAGUAUGCGAAAAAUAAUUGUUGAAGUACGAUCGAUGUUGGUUGUCGACAAAAUAAACCAAAUUUUUGAAAAUU